CAAUUGAUACGAAUAAAUUAACCUUUCAUUUUGAAUCUCAAAAGUCCUAAUCUCAAAAACCCACUUAUCUAUAUAUCUAUCCAUACAUCUAUGGGGUAAAAAGGAAACAGACUCAAUCUCAAAAACCCAAACCCAAUCUCAAGAACCCAAACCCAAUCCAUGGAAACCCCCGAGGAAACCAAAACUAAAACCAUGGAUAAUGAUGAUGAUAAUGAUGAAAAGAAGCAGCAGCAGCAGCAGCUUGAUAGCUUGAAAUCUCUAAAUGCUAUGUUGCUUAAAGAAACCGUCGAGCGGCGUCACCAGGUCGAUUCCUUACUCCAUUCCAACUCUCUUUUGGAAUCUCAACUGAAGACUACUGCUUCUAAUACCGAAACAGCUGCCUUACUAGAUAUCGAAAACCAGAUGCUUUCUGUUUUUAUUAAUCAACUUGCUCAACACACAAUUGGUUACUUGAAUAACAAGGUUGAGGAUUUAAACUCAAGGUUACAUGAGCUUGUUUCCAAGAUUGAUCAAGAUAAAUUGAUUUUGGCUGGUGUUUGUGUCAAAAGAGAUGAAUUUAAGGCUCAACUGGAUGCUCGCAUUCUAGAGGUGAAUCAGUUAGAAUUAAUGAUAAAACAAGCCGACGAAUUUAAACAACAAAUGUUGAAGCAAGUUGAUGAGUUGAAAGCUAAAUGUGAUGGAUUAAUUGAUAUAAAUAAAGGAUUAGAGGAGCGUAACGAAACUCUUGAAAAGGAAAAGAGUUCCGUAACAAAAGAUUUGGAGGUUGCAAUCAAGGAGUUGGACCAGCAAAAGCAUACAAUUGUCCACCUGAAAACAGAAUUGGAGAAUGCCAAGAUUAAAUAUGACCAAGCUAUGAUCGAGAUGGGUGAAGUUCUCGAGAAUCUUAACAAGGAAAAAGCCAUUACAUCGGGUUUUAAAGAAAAGGUUGCUGAAAUGGAAAGACAAAUACAAGAUUUGCAAGGAGAGAUAUCAAUGAUGAAUACAGAGAAUGUGAAACAGUUAGGAGCAAAAGAAGAGUUGGAAGAUAAAUGCGCAAAGUUGGUGAAAAAACUAGACUCUUUAGAAGCGAAACUUGUUGAAAUGCAAAUAAAGUUUGAUGAUACAAAAGGUGAAUUAUGUGUAGCUAAAGCUAAUUCAAAAAGGGUCUUGGAAAUCUUGAAGAAAACAUUGUUGGUUUGUAAUGAUGAUAGUACUGAUCAAGAAAAUGGUGUUGGAGAAGAUAUACAAGAGCAUUUUAAAGAGGUUGAAGCGAUUAAGAGAGCUUUUAAAGAUAAAGAGAGUAGAAUUGAAGAAAUGAAGAGCCACGUUGAGUUACUUAAAAGCGAAGCGCGUAAGGAGAAGAGUUUCUGGACAAUGGUGUCGUCUGCGACUACACUACUCGCGGCUGCUGUUUCUGUGGCGUAUGUUGCUCGAGCCCAUUGAUUGAAUCUUUCAAAUUUGCUAGUCCUGAUAAUGUAACACAAUUACUGUUACCAAAAAUGCUUUCUUUUUUGCAUGAUGAAGAGCAACUUUGGGUUAUAAUAAGAAGGUUUUGAUCUGCUAGAUCAAAUCAAUGUCUA